AUGCCUCCCAGACCAAAAUCACAGAAACGCUCAGUUCCCGGUGGACCCAAUCAGCGUGCUCCAAUUUCGUCUUCUGUUAAUAAACGCUUACGGGGUGCAAUGAGUGUUUCUAGUGCGGCCAGCUCUUUCAAUUCUAUAAACUCUAUAGUUUCUGGAUCGAUAAUAGAGGCGGACACAGAUUUUGUGGAGGAAUACUCCUCAGGUAGGUGGGUCGGACUUGAGAAUCAUCCAGAGGAGGACGACGCUGCCCUGGAGAUCUAUGAAGAUGACUAUGGCUAUGUGGAUGACUAUGAUGAGGAUGAACCUGGACAUGAGAAUCUCCCACCUCCACCACCAAUACUAGCUCUGCCCCGACCAACACCAAGGCCCCUCUCUGAAUAUAGGCCCUCUCCACCACCACCACCACCUAACCGGCUAUUACAAAGGCGCCUCCCAGGAUGA